GCAGAUGAGAAUGGAGCUGGUGGAGGUCCUGAAGCGCGGCGUGCAGCAGGUCACCGGCCACGGCGGCCUGCGGGGCCUCCUACGGGUUUUCUUCAGGGCAAAUGAUAUAAGGAUUGGUACACUGGUGGGAGAAGACAAAUAUGGAAAUAAAUACUACGAAGACAACAAGCAAUUUUUUGGCCGCCACCGAUGGGUCAUCUACACCACCGAGAUGAACGGCAAAAACACAUUCUGGGAUGUGGAUGGAAGCAUGGUGCCUCCUGAGUGAUUUCUCCUCUUCAGGCACCGCUGGCUUCACUGCAUGACUGACGACCCUCCGACGACUAAUCCACCGACUGCUCGUAAAUUCAUCUGGACAAACCAUAAAUUCAAUGUGUCUGCCACUCCAGAGCAAUACGUUCCUUAUUCCACCACUAGAAAGAAGAUUCAUGAAUGGGUUCCACCUUCGACACCUUACAAGUGACCGCAGUGAAGACUGUUCCUGCACUUCCAGGCUAGUGCAGGACCAUCCUAGCAGCUGACCAUGAACUUGAUUAAAAUUGUUUGACCUAGCAGUGUCUUGUGCGUUCACACCGUCAUUCAUCCCCUGCAAAGUAGAAGCUCGCACAUGAGGGAGGGAGGUGACUGACAUAGAUCUCUGGGGCGGGGGAUGGGAGUGGGGGGUCUGAAGUAAAGUUCCCAGUUCUAGGAAAUAGCCCCAGGGGACCUGUUUGUGUUUCAUGAUCUUCCCCGACUUCCAUGGCUGGUUGAUAAGGGCAGGCUGCAUUCCAACCUGAGCCAGACAUUGGUAAGCUUCGUGGAGAGACACAAACACCGAGUGGCAGCCUGGCUCAGACUCUGGUGUGGCUCUGUAUGGAGGAGGUUAUUGGAGAUGUCCUAUUUCCUUCCCCACCCCACUCCCCCUUUGGUUUUUUGAGAUAGGAUUUCUUUAUGUGGCUCUGGAUGUUUUGGAACUCACUUUGUAGACUAGGCUAGCCUUGAACUCAAAAGAUCUACCUGCCUGUGCCUCCCAAGUGCUGGUAUUAAAAGGUGUCCACUAAAA